AACAUUGUCAUAACAAAACAUGUCUGCUUCUACUUUCUUUGUGAACUUCAACUCUAGAAGACUUCUCCUGCACAACCCACUUUACCAACCACCAAACACAGCCUCCUCCCCAAUCUCCUCCACAAACCCACAUGACCCAACAGAUCAAUACCCUGGUGACAACAGCUUUGAUGCAAAUGUUGUUAUGGUCCUCUCAGUCCUCUUGUGUGCCCUAAUUUGCUCACUUGGCCUAAACUCCAUCAUCAAGUGUGCUUUGAGAUGCUCAAGCUUUGUAGAGUCCAGAAGCAGCAGCAGCAGCAACGCCUCCGCUAGGUUAGCCAACACAGGAGUGAAGAAAAAAGCCCUAAAAACUUUCCCAACAGUGAGUUACUCAGCUGACCUAAAUCUGCCUGGGCUGGACACAGAGUGUGUGAUCUGUCUUUCGGAUUUUACAGCCGGUGAGCGUGUUCGGCUUCUUCCCAAGUGCAACCAUGGCUUCCAUGUCCGCUGCAUUGAUAAGUGGCUGAGCUCACACUCCUCUUGCCCUAAAUGCAGGCACAACUUGAUCGAGACAUGUCAAAAAAUUGUGGGUUUCACCCCAGCUAGCUCCUCAGUCCCACCAGUGCAAGAAACCAUUGUAAGCAUUGUGCCCCUUGAACCUGAAGGUUUGGUACGCAAUUAUAGGGGAAUUAGCUAGCUAAGUUUUUAUAAUUCUUUUGUUGAUUGUAUAAUAUGUAGUUAAUUUCCUGGGGUUGAGCCCACUGGUAAUCCCAAUACAAAGUGUAAUUACUUCUAGUUGUGAAAUUGUUUAGUGUCUCCAAUUCUGAUUUGUUCAAUUUGUUUUUUUUCUU